AUGCGUCUCCCACUGUACCUUACCAAUCUAUCACUCGUCCUUGCGUGUGCUCGGGUUGCUUACAGAACCACCGGUGAAAACAAAAGUGCUUUUAUCAUCGGUCGCUCCGUCGACUAUGUCGCGGACCCCAACUUGACCUUCUGGGUCUUCCCAGCUGGCAUAGAUCGCCAUGGCGGUACCCAUCGCAAGGCACUCCAGUGGAGGUCCCGCCAUGCUAGCACCGUGGCUGUCAUGUACAACAAGAUCACUGUUGAAGGCAUGAACGAGAAAGGUCUCUCAGGAAGCAUACUGUUCCUCGGAGGAAGCCAUUUUGGUGACCCUGACACGCGGCCUACUCUCUCGGCCGGUGCGUGGCUGCAGUAUUACCUCGACCAGUAUGAGAAUGUUGGAGAGGUGGAGAAGGAGAAUUGUCCCACGGCGGCGUGGGGUAAGGUGUCACCUCAAAUCAUCAGAGACGAUCCCUUCGAUGGCAUGGAAACCAAGAUGCAUAUUGCUAUCUCCGACGCCAAGGGUGGCAAUCUCAUCAUUGAACAUAUCAAGCCCAGCAAUCAAAUCAGAUGCUACUCCAACGAAGACUGGGAUGUCGCCGCCGGCGAUACAUACCACAUGCAACGAUCAAGGAACAAGAAGAGGAUACGAAAGGAAAUCGAUGGAAGAGCUCUUUCACAAUGGCCAAUGCCUUAUGAGAGAUACGAUCGCCUCUUCUUCUACAACUAUUACAUACGGAAAUCCGAAGACUUUGCUUCUGCCCUCGCCACCACCAUGGGAAUGAUACACGGCAUCAUGGUUCCAAAUAUCAAGGUCUCGUCGAAGAAGAGAAAGGAAAAAGACAUAUGGCCAACGCAGUGGAUGAUGUACACUGCUCCGCAUGAGGGAUUCAUCUAUUACGAGAGUGCCAGAACUCCCUUGAACUUCAACUACCAAUUCUUCAAGUUCGACCUGCACGAGGGUUCUGACAUCAAGCUUCUCAGAACAAUGGGCCGCUGCGCCAGAUCAAGCUAA